ACUGGGUGAACUUUAUGGACUAUAAAUUAUAUCUUAAUAAAGCUGCCUGAAAAAUCCUGCCUUGGGGCUGAGAGGAUAGCUGAGUGGUAGACAACCCCAUCACCUGGUCCCAGGAUUCUCAGCAAAAGAAAAAUCUCCCCUUCACAAAGUUGCUCUUAUAGAAGGAAGCGGGGAGAGCAACAAAAAUAAUGCAUGUUUUGUGCCUGUCCUCUAGAAGGAAGUUAGAAGGUGAUCAGCACACAAUAGGUGCUCAUAAAUGUUGACUCAGUGCCGCCUGUCCCUUCACCCCCCAGUUUGCCCCGACCUCUCUCCACUUUGUCUUUCUUCGCUCCUUACUGGCAGAACUGGCUGUUUAUAUCUCUUCCCUGAAUUGCCUGUUUGGGGCAUGGAGCUGCCACUGCCACUUAGGGACGUCACCAUGAGCCUGGGCACCUGGAGCCCCAGCUCCCAGGAGAGGCAGGAGGCUUCGGUACACAGCAAGGAUGCUGCUGAGAAGCUGCCCGAGUAUGAGGCAGUGGUGGUCGGCACUAGCGGUGUGGGCAAGAGUGUGCUGACCAUCCAGAUGACCCAGCAUUGCCUUGGAGACCAUGACCCCACCAUCCAGGAUUCCUACUGGAAGGAGGUAGCCCUGGACACUGGGGGCUACAUUCUAAAUGUGCUGGACACGGCAGGGCAAGAUACCCACAGGGCCCUGUGGAACCAGUGCCUGGCGGCUGGGGAUGACGCACUGGGUGUCCGUGCUCUUGAUGACCCCUCGUCUCUGGACCAGCUACAGCAGACGCGGGACACCUGGGGCCUUUGCCACACCCAACGCCUCAUCCUGGUGGGCAACAAGUGUGACCUUGUGACCACUGCUGGAGAGGCGCACGCCGCUACUGCUGCCCUCGCCCGAAGAUGGGGGGCCCCCUUCGUGGAGCCCUCAGCCAAGACACGGCAGGGUGUGGAGGAAGCCUUUUCCCUGCUCAUCCAUGAGACCCAGAGGGUCCAGGUGGCCAUGGCAGAGGCAGGGCGGAAGCGGACCCAGCACCGGAAGGCUGUGUCUAGCUGUGGCUGCUCUGCGGCCUGAAGAUCUUGGUCAGAAAAAGCAGCCCUCCCCCAGGCCAGUGUGGGGUUCCCUUGACGAGAGACACCUCAGGAACUUAGGAAGGUGAGCCCACCGCUGCUGGUUGGGGAUAGAUGACACCUUUCUUCCUUUCAUUUGGUGAGGAGCUUUUUGGUGACAUGGGGGUGUCUAGGGUUGCCUGUGUCAUGUCAACUUAGAGUCUGUGCAAGAUUAAGUAAAUGAAGCUUUCAGUUUCAAAGCUGCCUCUAUGCUGGGUGUCAUGUGGGUGGGAGC